GCUGCUUGGCUGUGAGGCAGAGGAAUUGGCAACCGAGGGGAGGCUCUAGCGAGAUCUGAAAGACUGCGCAGCCAGGCAGGGGAGGGGAUUCGAGGUUGCGGGGACAGCCAGGGUGCGUGUCCGAUAUGCCGCUGGGGACGUGACCGCUCAGGGACCGAGGCAGGACCUUGCCAGACCCAGCCAGGGAACCUCAUCUUCGUUGGGCCUAAUUUCCAGCAGCUGGCUAGGCCUCACCAGAGCCUUUCCGUGAGGCCCCUGCUCUUCUCUGGCAGGGAGAAUGGCCUCCCCCAGUCCCCCGCUGGAGCCAAAGGUAAGGCACCAUUUUUGACCUUCUUCUGUGUCUUCUGCACCUGGCACGAUGCCUGGACCCAAGGUAGAUGCUUAAAGAACCUGAUGGAAUUGAAUUGAAUUCAAUAGGGUCACAAGCGAAUGCGAGUAGAGAAUUGGAGCGGGACAGUGAGGGGUUGCUGUCAUUUGAGGAUGUGGCUGUGUUUUUUACCCAGGAGGAGUGGGAUUAUCUGGACCCAGCUCAGAGAAGCCUCUAUAAAGAUGUCAUGAUGGAGAAUUAUGGGAACCUGGUCUCACUGGAUGUUUUGAACAGAGAUAAGGAUGAAGAACCAACUGUAAAACAAGAAAUUGAAGAAAUUGAGGAAGAAGUGGAGCCACAGGGUGUAAUAGUUACAAGAAUCAAAAGUGAAAUUGACCAGGAUCCCAUGGGUAGAGAAACCUUUGAACUUGUUGGUAGGUUAGAUAAACAGAGAGGGAUCUUCUUAUGGGAAAUACCACGGGAAUCUUUAACCCAGGAACAGAAAAUAUUCAGAGGAAAUACUAAUAUUAUCCAUAAGAAACAAAACUCAGAAGAAAAAUGCCAUAAAUGUGAAGAAUGUGGAAAGGGUUUUGUCCGCAAGGCCCAUUUCAUUCAACAUCAAAGGGUCCAUACUGGUGAGAAACCUUUUCAGUGCAAUGAAUGUGGGAAGAGUUUCAGUCGCAGUUCAUUUGUUAUUGAACAUCAGAGAAUUCACACCGGGGAAAGGCCCUAUGAGUGUAAUUACUGUGGAAAAACCUUUAGUGUGAGUUCAACCCUUAUUAGACAUCAGAGAAUCCACACUGGAGAAAGACCCUACCAGUGUAAUCAAUGCAAACAGAGCUUCAGCCAGAGAAGGAGCCUUGUUAAACAUCAAAGGAUUCAUACAGGUGAGAAACCCCAUAAAUGUAGUGACUGUGGGAAGGCCUUCAGUUGGAAGUCACACCUUAUUGAGCAUCAGAGAACUCACACUGGUGAGAAACCCUAUCACUGUACCAAAUGUAAGAAAAGCUUUAGCCGAAAUUCAUUGCUCGUUGAACAUCAGAGAAUUCACACUGGGGAAAGACCCCAUAAAUGUGGUGAAUGUGGGAAAGCCUUUAGAUUAAGUACAUACCUUAUACAACACCAAAAAAUCCACACUGGUGAGAAACCUUUUCUUUGUAUAGAAUGUGGAAAAAGCUUCAGUCGGAGCUCAUUUCUUAUUGAACAUCAGAGGAUCCAUACAGGUGAACGGCCUUAUCAGUGCAAAGAGUGUGGGAAAAGUUUCAGUCAGCUUUGCAAUCUUACUCGUCAUCAGAGAAUUCACACAGGAGACAAACCUCAUAAAUGUGAGGAAUGUGGAAAAGCCUUUAGUAGAAGCUCAGGUCUUAUUCAGCAUCAGAGAAUCCAUACCAGAGAGAAGACUUAUCCAUAUAGCGAAACUAAGGACACUUUUGAUCCAAAUUGCAGUCUUGUUAUACAGCAGGAGGUCUACCCUAAAGAAAAGUCUUACAAAUGUGAUGAAUGUGGGAAAACUUUUAGUGUUAGUGCUCAUCUUGUACAGCAUCAAAGAAUCCACACUGGCGAAAAGCCCUAUCUGUGUACUGUUUGUGGGAAAAGCUUUAGUCGGAGUUCAUUUCUCAUAGAACACCAGAGAAUCCACACUGGUGAGAGACCCUAUCUCUGCAGACAGUGUGGCAAAAGCUUCAGUCAGCUUUGUAAUCUUAUUCGACAUCAGGGUGUUCACACAGGUAAUAAGCCCCAUAAAUGUGAGGAAUGUGGAAAGGCCUUUAGCCGGAACUCAGGUCUGAUUCAACACCAGAGAAUACACACAGGAGAGAAACCGUACAAAUGUGAGAAGUGUGACAAAAGUUUCAGUCAACAGCGCAGCCUUGUCAACCAUCAGAAGAUCCAUGCAGAGGUGAAAACCCAAGAAACCCAUGAAUGUGAUGCUUGUGGUGAAGCCUUCAAUUGCCAUAUUUCUCUUAUUCAGCAUCAAAAAUUGCAUACUGCAUGGAUGCAGUAAAUGUAGAGAAAUAUGUAGGCUCAGUUUAAUUUGAGACUAGCUACCCAAGUGCAGUUUUAGUAUGGCCCAAUAUGGGUCAGAUUUUCUGAUAAAGCAAGUUGUCCUUGGCUUCAGGCAAAUGGUUUCUGAAGAUCCUGUGAAUAGUGGACGUGUGCCCGUGCGCAAUUGACUUCUAAUUACUCUGUUUUCAUGAUCAUGGACAAAGACUCACUAAUUUAUCUAAGUAUCUUUUAACAAAUCUUUCAGCAGAGAAGUUGAACCCAGGUGAACAAGGAGGUGCUCUGAAGGACAAAGUUGGAAUGAGUGCCAGGGAACUGGGAGCAGCUGAGUUAGAAAACUGAGAAUAAUGAUUCAGAGAAUCUUUUGCCACCAUCUCAUGGUGGUCCCUUCAAUUCCAUUAUGUUUGGCUGUGCAUGCCAAAGCCUAGUGAUAGCAUAUGUAAGUUGUCAAACAAAGCCCAGAUGUUUUUGAAACCAGUAUACAAAGUUUUUGUCAUUUGUUUAAUAAGAGAGUUAAUUGUUUGGCAUGUGAGUUAAUGGAAGGCUGUUACAGUGCCUGGUUAUUCCCAGAUCAGUGAAGUGAGUGAACCAUUAAGUUUACAUGCAAAGAUCAUGUGAGUAAUUAACAAACCUAGCCUAGCAAAGGUGUUACCAAGCAAUCUUUGGGAGUGCCUUUUUUCCCACCAAGAUGGGCCUAAAAAGUGGAAGAAGAUAAUUGAUCUUUUGUGCUGUCCCAUCUGUGAAAGAUAUUUGUAAUACUAUAUGAAUAAGCUUAUUCCUGCACAACCAGGAGCAUGUGAAAGUGUACAUAUUUUGAUUACCAAGAAUUGGAAAUAAAAAGACCUGGAGUUUAUGCUAGGAAGCUCGAGAUAUUUUGGUAUUGCUUUGGGUUUUAUGGUAUCUAGAUUUUGCAUGCAAUUUUAAAAUUCUUAUUUCUGGUUCUAGGGUUUCCCCUAGUUAAUGGUUGUUUUAUAAACCUGUUAAGUCAUCGUUUUAAUCAUUAAAACCAGUUUUGUUUUUUGCUUUGU